UCUUUACUUAAGUUUUCAAAUUACGUUUAAAACUGUUGUGUUCAUUGUUAUUCGUGAAUAAAUAGGCUAUAAAAGCAUGUGUAAAUUUAAAGAUAGAGCAAAGAAUAGAAUUAUUUCCUCUGAACGCGUCGAUAGAAAAGAACAAGAACAGAACGAAACAAAAAUUUGACACAUUCGUUUACGAAUAUACUGCAUGUGCGAGAGAAGAUAUCUCCUUAUUUGCUAGUGCUCUACUACCAACUGAAAAAAAAAUAAAUGAUUCCGGACGUUACUCGAGAUCAUACAAUCUUAGAUUCGAUGGUAUUAACAAUAGCGUACCAGAGUAUUCAUUGAAAAAUACUAUUGUUCAGGCAACUCGAAAAUCUGGUAUUCAAAGUGUUGGUACAAAUUUAAUUGAAGUAGCACAUCGCGUGGAAAAAUUAAAAAAAUAUGGUACAAUUACUGCAAAAUUCUAUUCACUGGAAGUUGUUCGUGCAUUAUUAGUCAAUCGUAAAUUUAUAUAUGAGUCAACAAAUGUAUCUGUCUACGAAGAUGUAACAAAACGUGAUUCAGAUAUACUAUAUCUAUUAAGACGAAAUCUACCUCCUGAACGCAAGAAAGAUGUAUUUACUCGUGGAGGUCGUGUUAUUAUCAAAAAUGAUGCGGGCAAAUUAGUAUAUAUGCGUGAUAAACAUCAAGCAAAUCAAGUAUUAGUCGAAUAUCAAACAAAUUCAUCUCAGCAAAGUCAAAUAGAAUCUUUAAAUUCCUUAAAUGUACCGUUAAAUUCAAAUGAAACUUCAUAA